AUGCCGCAGAACCAGCAGCACCAGCUCGAGCAGUGGCUCUCCGCCGGCGGCGGCGUGGGCGGGACGCUGCGGCCGACCAAGUCGGCCCCCUGCUCGCCCGUCAAGCCCCUCCUGGCGCCGCCGGGGCCGGCGCAGGCGGCCAUGCUGCGGACGCACUCCGACUCCUUCCAUGUCGCCCACAAGGUCCCCGUCGGCGACACGCCCUACGUCCGCGCCAAGCGCGUCCAGCUGGUGGACAAGGACCCCGAGAAGGCGAUCGCGCUGUUCUGGGGCGCCAUCAACGCCGGCGACCGCGUGGACAGCGCGCUCAAGGACAUGGCCAUCGUCAUGAAGCAGCAGAACCGCGCCGAGGAGGCCAUCGAGGCCAUCAAGUCCCUCCGCAGCCGAUGCUCCGACCAGGCGCAGGAGUCGCUCGACAACAUCCUGCUCGACCUCUACAAGAGGUGCGGGCGUCUGGACGACCAGAUCUUGCUGCUCAAGCACAAGCUGCAGCUCAUCCACCAGGGCCACGCCUUCAACGGCAAGCGCACCAAGACGGCGCGCUCCCAGGGCCGCAAGUUCCAGGUCACCCUCGAGCAAGAGGCCACCAGGCUCCUCGGCAACCUCGGGUGGGCGCUGAUGCAGAAGGAGAACUACACGGAGGCGGAGGGGGCGUACCGGCGGGCGCUGAUCAUCGGCCCGGACAACAACAAGAUGUGCAACCUGGGCAUCUGCCUCAUGAAGCAGGGCCGGGUGCACGAGGCCAAGGACGUGCUCAAGCAGGUGCGCCCCGCCGGCGUCGACGGACUGCGCGGCGCCGACUCCCACCUCAAGGCCUACGAGCGCGCGCAGGAGAUGCUCCGGGACCUCGAGGUCAAGCUCGUCGGGCGGCCCGGCUGGGAGCAGCUCGCCGUCGACAAGAACUGGCUCUUCGACGCGCUGCGAAUGGGCUCCUCCUCCAGCAUCUGGCAGCCGCAGCCCUGCAUCGACCACCUCAUGCCCCGGCAGCCGCAGCCGCGCGGUGGCGACCAGUUCGCCGACGAGAACGCCGCGAGCAACAAGAUGGUGCCGCCGCCGCAGCAGCAGCUGCUGCAGCCCAACCUCAACAUCGACGCGCGGCCGUUCUACUCGCACCGGAUGCCGCCGCUGGCCGCCAAGCCGCAACAGCAGAACGCGCCGCGCCAACAGCAGCUGCUGCAGCAGCAGCUGCUGCAGCAGCAGAAGGCGCCGGCUCAGAUGCAUCACGAUCCCAUGGGCAACCUGAAGAGGACGAGGUCCGGCACCGCCAUGGACAAGGCAGCUGCGGCAGCCGUCGGGGAGAAGACCAAGGAGCAGAGCAGCAACAACGAGGCUGACAAGGAGGACGUCAACGGCGGCAGGCGUAAGUCGCUCACCGCCGAGGAAAGGUGGCCGGAGCUGCCAGACCACAACGCGUUCGACGAGGCCCUCGUCGCGUCGGUCAUCGCCCCUGUCCUGGACGAUGACGAGAACUGCAACAACAACGCCAAGCCGGUGGCGGCACCGUCCCCGGCGAGCUGCUGCGACACGAGCCCGGCGGCGCUGAAGGAGAAGGUGGGGAAGAGGCUGAGGAUCUUCCAGGACAUCACACAGACACUCAACGCUCUCUGA